CCGUGGCCACCACAUCAUCGUCGAUCUACCGUCAGAUCUCGUCUCCUCUCCUCUACUUUUCUCCUCGGUUUCUUCGAACUCGAACUCGCCGUGCUCCUUCCUUGCACUCCUCGUACUUGCCGCCAGCCCGCCAUUGCCGGCAAGCUUAGCUAGCCAUGCAGGACGGUGCAGGAGGAGGAGGAGGGGACGGCAAUAGCAUGCAUCUGCUCCUGAGCAUCCUGGCCGACGGCGAGGAGCAGGCGAGGCGGCUCCUCGGUGAGCUGCCGCCGGCCGACGACGAGGGGCAGCUGCUCGGGCGGGGCCCGGCGGCCGAGUGCUGCCGGGGCGUGGCGCGGCAGCUGCUCGGGCGGGGCCCGGCGGCCGAGUGCUGCCGGGGCGUGGCGCGGCAGCUGCUGUGCACGUUCAGGAAGGCCAUCGCCGUCGCUAAGGCCAUCGAGGCGGCCGGCGGGGACUCGCCGCGGUCGGCCGACGAGGGCGCCGGCGCCGGCAGGGACGCGGCGCAGGCGCAGGAGCGCCAAGGCCAAGGCGUCUGCAAGAGAAGGAAGGGGCUGCCAAGAUGGACCAAAAAAUUCAGAAUACCCGACGACGCAAAUCUGGAGUACACGCCGGACGACGGGUUCAGCUGGAGGAAGUACGGCCAGAAGGACAUCCUCGGCGCCAAGUUCCCAAGGGGCUACUACCGGUGCACGUACCGCAACGCGCAGGGGUGCGCCGCCACGAGGCAGGUGCAGCGCUCCGACGCCGACCUCGCCGUGUUCGACGUCACGUACCAGGGCGCGCACACCUGCCUCCAGGCGCAGCGCCGGUCCGCCGCGCCUCCCCCUCCUCCUGCCGCGGUGGCCGCGCACGACGUCCAACGGUCACCACCGGCGUUGCCGGACCCGGACAUGCAGCUGCUCGAGAAUUUCAGGAACGGCCUCAAGGUGGAGACCGACGGGCUACCGCCGCCGCCGCCGCCCUUCCAUGGCCACAGCACCACAGCCUUCUCGUUCGCCUACGCCGCGGCAGGAGCAGCGGGCUACUCCCCGGCGGAGAGCGGCGGCCAGCGGCUGCUGCAGGGAGGGGGCUGCUUCGCCCCGGCGUCCUUCUCAUCGCCGGCCGCGACGACGUCGGCCGGGCCGGGCUACUUCGCCGUGUCGGCGGCGCACUGCACGCUGGGCACCCACGACUCGCCGGAGCUCGCCGAGGUCGUGUCCGCGGCCACCGCCUCGGACCCCGCCGGCUUCGACUACUCGCUGUACCAGUACCACGGCCUGCAGCAGCACGACCAGGACGCGCACCUGCUGCCAUUCCCGUUCGACCCCAUGUUCGGCCACCCUUCCUCCUCCCAUGGCCAACACAGAGACGCGUGAACGCUCUGUGAACGAACUGAAGCAUGAUUAUUAUGAACUGUAUAUAAAACAGUCGAAUUAUUCAGCCUCGCUAUGUACUAUUAAUUCAUUCAUCAUCACCAUCAGAAAUUUACGUCCAGCCUCAUCAUUUCUUAGAUGAUGUGCGUGUAUGUAUGCAUACUUAAACGCCAUUUCCCAUAGGUAGUAUCACUAUCAGGCAUUCCCAAGUGCAUGCUGACUAGACUGUCAACGAUGACACAGCAGGAUCGUCGAAACAUAAACAUAAUCACAACAUAUAAACAUAAAAAUAAACAUAAGCACAAAUGGGACCAGCAUUUGACAACAUGCAUGAGAACCUCAGAUGAGUAACAAAAGUGCCUCUGGCACACAAGACCCGCACAGGGGUGAAUUAUUCUUCCAAACAUCUCAAAACGAACGAGCAACAGCAACCUCUAAAAAUACAUAUGUCCAACCCUACAUACAGCUAACGAGACUUAUCCUCACAACAGCUUUUCUUCUAGCCGUCUCCGAUCCUGAGAAUGACGGGAGGCCAG